AUGGGUUGUACCCUCGCAUACAACAAGCGAUACGAAAACGAAAACGCACCAUCGGACUAUCAUCUGUUCAGGUCUCUGGAGUAUCAUUUGCGUGAAAAGACCUUUCAAAACGUCGAGGAAAUGCGCUUGUCACUCACUCAGUUUUUCGAUUCGAAGCCACGUGAGUUUUACCGCCGCGGAAUCUAUUUGUUGCCGGAUAAGUGGCAGGAUGUUAUUGAUGUUGACAGUGAAUAUUUCGAG